UGUCUCUGUUUAGGACAAUAGACAUGUAGUUGAGUCUCAGCUUCCCUCAUUCACUGCUACAUUAAACUCUCUAAUCCCACCCCCUCAAAUCACCCCCGUUUCUUCCUCAGCCGUCCGAUCGUUUUACUCAGAUCAAACCAGUCGCCGGUGAAGUAAAAUUCAAUCUGGAAUUGUAGUUAUCGGAAUUUUACGGUGAUGUCGGUGGAAGAACGGCCGCCGUCGUCGUCUUCAACGACGUCGAAUUUGGUGGUGGAUCCGUUGUUGAGGGAUCUGAGUGAGAAGAAACAGAAUUUCCGGCGAAACGUGGUGUCGUUAGCGGCGGAGCUGAAGGAGGUGCGCAGCCGUUUAGCUUGUCAAGAACAGUCUUUUGUUCGUGAAACCCUAACCAGACAGGAAGCUGAGAGUAAAGCUAAGAAAAUGGAAGAAGAAAUAAACAAAUUGCAGAAGAAUUUGGAGGAGAAGAAUGGACAGCUUCAAUUUUCGGCUUUGAACAGUGGAAAGUAUGUCAAGCAGUUGGACGAUCUUAGAUCACAGCUUUCUGCUACUCAGGCGACUGCAGAUGCAAGUGCCGCAUCAGCUCAAUCUGCACAGCUUCAGUGUGUGGCACUCUUGAAAGAGUUGGAUGAUAAAAACAGUUCGCUGAAGGAACAUGAAGUCCGUGUGAGUAAACUUGGUGAGCAAUUAGAUCUUUUGCAGAAGGAUCUUCAAGCGAGAGAAUCAUCCCAAAAGCAAUUGAAAGAUGAAGUCGUGAGGAUUGAGCGUGAUAUCAUGCAAGCAUUGGCAAAAUCCGGAGCAAACAAAGAUUGUGAAUUGAGGAAGAUUUUAGAUGAGGUCUCACCAAAGAACAUCGAGAAGAUGAACAAGCUGUUGACCAACAAAGAUGAUGAAAUUGCCCAACUCAGGGAUGAAAUCAGGGUCAUGUCCGCUCACUGGAAGCUAAAAACCAAGGAGUUGGAAUCUCAGUUGGAAAAGCAUCGCAGGGCUGAUCAAGAGUUGAAAAAGAGGAUUAUGAAGUUAGAGUUCUGUCUCCAAGAAGCUCGAACUCAAACUCGCAAGCUCCAAAGGAUGGGGGAACGACGCGACAAAGCUAUCAAGGAACUGAGGGACCAACUAGCAACUAAGCAAGUGGGAACUUCAAGCGACAAUCACCAGAACUUCUGGGAUACCUCAGGGUUCAAGAUUGUUGUCUCAAUGUCCAUGUUGAUGCUAGUCCUCUUUUCGAAGCGGUGAAAUAUAUUAGGGUACUUAACGAUGUAAAAAAGAGAAGUGUAGCUAGUUUAAACUUGGGGGAUAUACUAGGGAAGACAGUAGAGAUUUGGUUUCAUAUGUAGGAAUACUAUAGGCAAGGGAAUCUUUUUGUACCUCAAAAGGCUAUCAUAGCUUAGCCCAUAAUAUUAUUAGAUGCAUUCAUGCGUUACUUGACGUUAUAUAAUCAUGUUUUCCAAGGGUCAUUGAAACUUCGUGGCACUAAUAAUUUAAGUUUGCUGGGGUCCGUUGCUUUA